AUGGCUUUAGCUGAGCAAAUAUCACGUAAGGUGCACAAGCUUGGGCUUGUACCGAAAUUCAUUCGCCUCCUUCCGGUCUUUUCGGCUGUUUUAGCUCUUGCAUCGGUAGCAUGGAUUCUUGUGCUUCCUUUGGAAGGUAAUUAUAGAACCACUUACAUAUCAGAAAAUGCGUUAAUGCCAGCACAGGCAAAUUCAUAUUUCCGUGAGCUGGAGUGGAAUAUCGUUCGUGGCUACCGUACCGAGGUUAAGAACUUUGAAACAUGGAAGUUGAGCGAGCGUAACUCAGUUGUUGAAGGGUGGUUGCAAGAUAUUGGGCUUAAGACUGGAUAUUUUGAAGAUACUCUCUAUGCAAUCAUGCAUGCUCCUCGUGGUGAUCAUACUGAAUCCAUGGUAGUUGCAGUUCCUUGGACUACAUCUGACCUCAAGUACAAUGAAGGAGGUGUAGCAUUAGGUGCCGCUUUGGCUCGUUAUUUCUCAAGAAUGUCUAUUUGGUCUAAAAAUAUUGUAUUUGUAUUUCCAGAAGAUGGAUCCGUUUCUCUUAGAUCCUGGGUUGCUGCAUAUCACACCUCGCUUGAUCUUACUGCUGGGUCUAUUGAUGCUGCCAUUGUUAUGGAAUUCGGUGGUUCCUCAGAUUAUUUUGAAUCAUAUGAAAUUAGUUACGAAGGUCUCAAUGGUCAAUUACCAAACUUAGAUUUGAUGAAUACUGCAAACUUAGUUGGAUUCCAUGAAGGUCUCAAGUACUCAAUUCAAUCGACUCCAUCUUCAGAGAUUGAGAAAAAUACAUACUAUACAAGAUUGCGGACACUUGUUAAGGGAAUUGUUAAUUUAACCCUUACUGGUUUAUAUAAGCCAACUAAUGGUUGUGAAUCCUUUUCUGGAUGGCAGAUCCAAGCAAUCACCCUCAAGGCAAGAGGAACUGAAGGUGCUCCAGAUAUUACACAAUUUGGACGUAUUGUGGACUCCACUCUUAGAUCAGUCAAUAAUUUGUUGGAAAAAUUCCAUCAAUCUUUUUUCUUUUACUUGAUGUUAUCCCCACGGUAUUUUGUUUCUAUCGGUACAUACCUCCCUGCUGCUGCAUUGGUGGCUGCUGCAUUUGCAUUUAGUGCUCUUGGUUGUGUUCUUAAUAGUGGUGUUCCAACUAAACAAAUCACCUCAGAAAUUGGUCCACUCUUGGCUUACUUUACUGGGAUUGGUGCAUUCUGUUAUUUACUUGCAGUAGGCCUUCCAUAUAUUACUUGGUUAUCUUCCGGUGACGAUGAGGCUGCUACUGUCACCUUCAUUCUUUAUGGACUCACAUUUUUAACGGGUACUGUUUCAUUACUCCCCUUGAUUAAUGCGAGAAACAGAAGAUAUUUCAAGUUCUCCAAGGCUAUAACAUUCUCCUUACUUGCCAUUGGUUUAUUCUAUUUGGCUAUGCUUGUGUUUGCCUUGUUGAUUGUUCAUUUUUCACUUGCCCUUUGUGUUGGUUUCCUUGCUCUUCCAUUGACAUGGAUUCAACCUAUUAUCACUAGUUCCCAACGAGCUACCCCAAUUGUUCUUACCCAACCAGAAAAGUCAGACCCUCUUUCUCGCUUCAUCAAAUUUGUGGAUGCCAAUAAACCAAUCAUUAAGGUGGUUUUAUGUCUUGUUUGUUCCUCUCCAUUCUUUGUGAUCUAUCUCAUUGGAAAUUAUCUCUUCUCCACGAAAGAUACUAAUGGAGUUGUCAUGUUAAUGAGAGGUCUACUUACUUCAUGGGAUGAAUUACAAUGUUGGACUUGGUUUGUGAUUGUAUUAGGUUGGUUACCUGCAUGGCUCAGUGUCGGCUUAUGUUGUACUUUUGGUGACUUUUCAACCACAGCUAAAUUAAAGAAGCAAUGA